GGCGGCCAACCUGGCGGCGAUUGGGGCCGGACCCCUGGCGGGCUUGGGGCCCGGGGGCGGAGGCAACUCAACAACAGGCCGGCCGAUUGCCCCGCCUGCCUUCCCUCAGCCGCUCCCCGCACCUCCACGUGCGCCCGCCACCCUGGAGCCACCCGGCCAGGCGACCGUGAAGGCCGCAUCAGCAGCACCGGCAGCGCAAGCUACGAUCGCGACUCCACUCGCCGUCCGCCCAGGACUGUCUUCGCCGCUGCUGUCUGUUGUUGCUGCUGCUGCCGCUGCGAGGGCGGUAGCUGCAGGCCCUGCUGCCGGGUGCAGCCCGGAGCCAGCAACCCGCAAGCGCGCCCGCUCACCCGCAUCCCCCGGGAAUACUCGCGUGCUGCAUCGCUCUCCUCCUCUCCACGUCGCUGCCUCAGGAUCCCCCUGCCCCCCCUCUCCCACCUCCCCGAGUGCCGGCACCGGCUCGCCUGCCCGCAGCCGCCGCCAGCAGCAACUGCAGCAGCAGUCGCCUGCCAGGUCCCCAGCUGCCGCUGCUGCCUCCCGCGAAGCCAGUCCCUCCACCCACACAGCCACCACCGGCGGCGCCCCAACAGCUCAGCUGCUAGCCACAAUCACCUCCAACCCCUCCCUCACCUCGUGCCUAGCAGGCCCCGGGUCCGGAUGCGUGUUCGGACCAGGGUAUGACGGGCAGCAGCAGGCGCGGGCAGCCGAGCAGGAGCUGACCCAUGGGUCGCUUGGGCUGGCGGCGCUCCUACCCAGCUUCAGCUUUGGGUCUGAUGGCCGUGUGGUGCUGGCGACGACGCUAUCGCAGGUUGGGGAGUCGCCCGCUGGUUGUGAAGUUGGCGGCGGUAAGGACGGAGACGUCCUAGAGCUUAGGGAUGGGGAGUCGCCCGCAGGUCAGGCCAUGGCGGGAGCUACUGAGCUCGGGGACGCACUCAAUGUUAGGGCUGCCAACGGCCGGCAGCGAAACGACGUUGCUGCUGCGGCCGGACGCGACCAGCAGGGGAAGGGGGCUGCCGCUGUGGCGUGUGCUGAGGGCCAGCAGGGAAGGGAGCUGGACGGAGGCGGCGGCGGAGUAGCGGGGGCCGAGCAUGCAGGUGGCGGGAGAGAGGUGGCGGUGAGGCUCGCUGUCGACAGCAGCGGCCUCUGGCGCCCCGAGGAGCUAGGUCUGCGGGGCAGUGCCGACGUGCCCGCCCCUCCGCACCCGUCCGCGCUAGCGGAGCUGCCCCUGCCUGCGGCCGACCUCAACCCCACACCCUUCAGCAGCGGUCUGCCUCCGGAUCUGCUCCGCGAGCUGGCCUCCCAGGCAGCCCAGCAGCAGGCGGAGGCGGAGGCAGCUCGACGCCAGCCCCGCGGCCCCUCCGCCACCGCCGGCUGCCCAAGACAGGCACAGCCAAAGACAUCUACUCACGGAAGCCCCCCUCCCGGGCGUCAUGAGGCUCGCAACGCACCGGACGUAGCAGGGCAGGCGGCGUCUGCAUCGGGCGCUGGUAAUGGUGACGGCGGCAGCAGUGGCGGCGUCUGCACCCUCGCAGCGCCGACGGCAGCUGGUAGCGGUUGUACGACGCGAGCGAAGCGGCCGCGAACUCAGGACGCAGCUGUGGGUAGCCCCCAGGUCUCCAGAAACGCGCAGCUAGGGGACGGUAGUGGCGCUGGAGACAGUGGCGAAGAGGGCUCUCCGUCGCGCCGCGCGCGGCUGCACAGCGCUCCACACAGCACCACCCACGGCCCCUUCGGCGCCCUGGGCGGCGCAGUCGCCGCUGCCGCUGCCGCCGCGGCGCCGUCGCCACCACCCGAGCCUGCGCCUGCUGCUGCUGCCGGGCCGGGACUGGCGUCCCCGCUGGCUUUGAGCGUCUCGCUCCCCUCUCUGGACUCCCUGGAGCUGCUGGCGGCGCUGUCGCAUGCGGGUCUGCAUCCGGGGCUGUCAGGCGGGUUGGAGCUGACGGGGCAGCUGGGGCUGCUGUCGUCGCCGCCGCCGGACGGGGGUCGUGCGCCGGCUUCAGCAGGGGGGGUGAUGGAGAGGGGCGCUCAGAGGGAUGCCUCAGAUGCCACAAAGCA